UUGGAAGUAUGAAGCGGACUCGUAAUAUCCGGGUGACGUACUGACACCGGCAAGUGGCACGGUGUGCUUUAGAAUCUGCUUUUUUAGUUGCCUGAACCAAGCAUAGCUUUUCUCUCAAAUAACGGAAUUUUAAAUCUGAUUAUUUCUUCACUUCAUUCAUGGACGAAGAUAAAGUUACACGGCAGAUGGAAGGAUUGCAAGUCGAAGAUAACAAGGAUGGUGCAGGAGACAAAAAAAUUAAAGAUGGAGGAAAAAAGAAAAAUAAGGGAGGAGGAGAUACAGUGGGUAAAUCUGAGCUGAACCCGCCGCCCCAGUACAUCGAAGAACGCCUGUCCCUGUACAGCAAGCUGAAGGACGAACAUGACGCCCUGUUGGCGGAGAGGGCGGCCAAGGACAGCAAGCCCAUCAAAAUCACUCUUCCCGACGGGAAAGUGGUGGAUGGCGAGUCAUGGAGAACCACCCCUUACCAGGUGGCCUGUGGGAUCAGUCAGGGUCUGGCCGACAACACGGUGAUCGCCAAGGUGAACAACGACGUGUGGGACCUGGACAGGCCUCUGGAGGCCGACUGCAGCCUGCAGCUGCUCAAGUUCGACGACGAGGAGGCGCAAGCGGUGUACUGGCACUCGAGCGCCCACAUCAUGGGCGAGGCCAUGGAGAGGGUCUACGGAGGCUGCCUGUGCUACGGACCCCCCAUAGAGAACGGGUUUUACUACGACAUGUACCUCGAAAACGAGGGUGUGUCGAGCCAUGAUUUCCCAGGUCUGGAGAAUCUAUGCAAGAAGAUUAUAAAGGAGAAGCAGCCCUUUGAGAGGCUAGAGAUCAAGAAGGAGACCCUGCUGGAAAUGUUCAAGUACAAUAAGUUUAAGUGCCGGAUUCUGAAUGAGAAAGUGAAGACUCCAACAACUACUGUUUACAGGUGUGGGCCAUUGAUCGACCUCUGCAGGGGGCCACACGUCAGACACACUGGAAAGAUCAAGGCCUUGAAGAUCCACAAGAACUCCUCCACAUACUGGGAGGGGAAAGCUGACAUGGAGUCUCUGCAGAGGAUUUACGGGAUCUCCUUCCCCGAUCCCAAGAUGCUGAAGGAGUGGGAGAAGUUCCAGGAGGAGGCCAAGAACCGGGACCACCGCAAACUGGGCCGGGAGCAGGACCUGUUCUUCUUCCAUGACUUGAGUCCCGGGAGCUGCUUCUUCCUGCCCAAGGGGGCCUACAUCUACAACAGCCUGGUGCAGUUCAUCAGGAGCGAGUACAAGAAGAGGGGCUUCCAGGAGGUGGUGACCCCCAACAUUUACAACAGCAAGCUGUGGCAGACCUCCGGCCACUGGCAGCACUACAGUGAGAACAUGUUCUCUUUCGAGGCGGAGAAGGAGACCUUCGCUCUCAAGCCUAUGAACUGCCCGGGGCACUGCCUGAUGUUCGACCACCGGCCGCGCUCCUGGCGCGAGCUGCCCCUCCGCAUGGCCGACUUCGGCGUCCUGCACCGCAACGAGCUGUCGGGGACGCUGACCGGCCUCACCCGCGUCCGCCGCUUCCAGCAGGACGACGCCCACAUCUUCUGCUCCAUGGACCAGAUUGAGGGAGAGAUCAAGGGCUGCCUGGACUUCCUCCGCACCGUCUACGACGUGUUCGGGUUCACCUUCAAGCUCAAACUCUCCACCCGGCCCGAGAAGUUCCUGGGCGAGAAGGAAGUGUGGGACACAGCGGAGAAGCAACUGGAGAACAGCCUGAAUGAGUUCGGGGAGAAGUGGGUGUUGAAUCCUGGGGACGGAGCUUUCUAUGGACCAAAGAUCGACAUUGAGAUCAAGGAUGCAAUUGGAAGAUACCACCAGUGUGCCACCAUCCAGCUAGACUUCCAGCUGCCAAUACGUUUCAAUCUCACCUUCGUCAGCCACGACGGUGACGAUAAGCAGAGACCAGUCAUCAUCCACAGGGCCAUUCUGGGCUCGGUGGAGAGAAUGAUCGCCAUCCUGACUGAAAACUACGGGGGCAAAUGGCCGCUCUGGCUGUCCCCGCGGCAGGUGAUGGUCGUGCCGGUGGGGCCCACCUGCGAAGAGUACGCCCAGCGGGUGCAGCAGGAGUUCCACAGUAACGGCCUCAUGACCGACGUGGACCUGGACCCGGGCUGCACUCUGAACAAGAAGAUCAGGAACGCACAGCUGGCUCAGUACAACUUCAUCCUGGUGGUUGGAGAGAAGGAGAAGAGCAGCGAGACGGUGAACGUGCGCACGCGGGACAACAAGGUCCACGGGGAACGGAGCGCGAAGGACUGCUUGGAGCGCUUGCGCCACCUAAAGGCCGUGCGCACCCGCAACGCCGAAGAGGAAUUCUGAGCAGUUCUGACAGUUACCAUCAGCAACCAGUGGAGCAACCGUGUCAUCACACGGCACAUGACGCUUCCUUGUCUAAUUUCCAUAAAUGAUUUCGCUGUCAUAACCACACCGCGAGACGCUUCUUUGUCUUAUUUUCAUAUGUAGUUUCGCUGAAAUUUACUUGAAUUGUAAUGCCUUACCUGUUUAACUACAAAGAUACAGUAUUUAUUUCUGUGGUAAUUGUUACCUGUUUCUCAUCAGCUCUACCGUUAGGUCCUUGUGCUUGUCAAAAUCUUUCUGAAAUCAUGAUGCUGUUGGUUCUGUGGUUAGCCUCGCAGUUACAAAGGUUUUUAUUUUACUUUUAAAAAUAAAAAAACUUUUGACUUCCAGAUUUGACUGUCUGUGUUCCCGUUGUCACUGGUGGCAGAAUGCUCUACUUCAGAAAUGUGGUACUUUUGUGGAACAGAACAAAAUCCUAAAAAACAAUGUCAAGACAUAUUUUCAAUAAAGGAAUAUCUUUCA